AUUCAAGGUAUAGCAACACUUUUAGGAGAACCCUUCAUUCUCUCUAUUGUUGUUUCAAUACUUAGUGAUAGUCAUUCAAUAACUAACGGUGUAAAAGUGAUCACAUGGCUGCUUCUUUGCCUUCUUUCUUCUCUGUCAAAGCAAGAGGACCAUAUAUCUCAAGAGAUGCAAUAUCUCUUAAGAAAUGCAAGAUACGUCAUGGGAUGCAAGUAAUAAAAGUUCAGAACUAUCAAGAUGAAGGGAGAUCCACCAACAUGGUAGAUGCAAAUAUGAAUGUUCUAAGGGGGAGAAUGGAGAUGGUGAAGGUGAAGGAGAGAUUGGAAAGGUGUUGCAAAUGUCAUCAUGGCUGGAAUUAUGUCCAAGUUUCUGAUCACAAAACUAAGAAAAAUAAAGAGUUUAGCAGCUUGAUUGAGUUGGCAGGUUUAGUUUGUGGGACGUUUGGUCUUACUUGUUUUGGUGGAACACUCUGCCUUUGUCUUGUUUCCCUGCUUGUUCAUCUGCAAUUGUGAUUUGGAGUCUUAUACGUUCACAAGGAUCACUUAUAGUUCUAUAUAUUUUCUCUCACUUCUAUUUA